AUGGAUGUCGUUGCGGUACAAGUUGAAACAUGGCUUCGAGCCUUCACUGCUUUUGCACAGAAUAAAAGACUUGCACAAGGCUUUUUACAGAAGGGGUUGCAACGUAAAAAGUGGAUCAUUGUAGGCGGCGGCAUUCUGUCUUAUUUGAUGUGGGUGCGCUAUCGACGAUACAAAUACAUUGUCAUGAUUCGAAAAAAGUAUCCCAAUCCACUUGACGUUUUGAAUAAUCCAGAGAUUGCUCAAGAAAUACAUGCUACUACCAUGAAAAAGGAAUUUCCUUCAACCGAACUGGCGCUCUUCAAGACAUUCACCAUACCUACCAUUAGUAAAUUGUUGGUGGCCACAAAGCAAUUCGAACACGAUGCAAGUCGUCGUGCGGAAGAUACCGAGCUCUUAUUGAAUGAAAUUGUGGACACAUAUGGUCGCAUCCAGAAACAAUUACAAAAAGACCCCGACACGCCAGAAGAGGAUAUCCAGGCACAAUGGAAAAGGCCGACAUUAGCGUUGGAGCGACUGAAUGAACUGCAUGGAAAGUACUCUAUAUUGAAUGAAGACUAUAUUUACACGCUCUCCUUAUUCAUCUUUGAGCCCAUCUCUUGGAUUAACCGAUUUGAAUGGCGAACAUUGGAUGAAAGAGAGAUCAAUGCUCUUUUUCGUGUUUGGUAUGAUGUAGGCAUUGCCAUGAAAAUGAAAGAUGUGCCUGAUACACCCGAGAAAAUGCUUGCUUUUAAGAAUAUGUAUGCACAAAAGAAGAUUGCUUAUGCACCCUCGAAUUGGAAAUGUGGGGAGCCAACCGUCCGACAUUUACUCUCCAACUUACCACGCUGUCUUCAAGAAACGGCUUACACACUCUCCCUUUACGUACUGCCGUCUGUGCUGGACACAGAAGAUGUCGUCGCCUUUCGUUUGCCUCACGCCGAAUCCAAGCUGAUCACUUACUUAUUUCGAGCCACCAUGUUUUUGCGCGCACUAUUUAUUCGGUAUUGGAUGCUGCCUCGAUCGCAUUACGUGAAUCGUACCCCGUUUUAUGCCACCACCACGAGCACAGGCGUGGAUCGCUAUGUCCCCGAGUUUGACUAUUAUCAGCGUCGUAUCUAUAAAGACGGCUAUCUCAUUUCAGAAUUAGGCCCUGACCAUUUCAAACCGCCUUUUUGUCAUGAAGCCGUCAUUCAACCGUCUUUCUGUCCCUCUCUUUUAGCAAAGAAAUAA